CACAUCCUACGUCACUACCUGCGUUGGACCCUUUUUUAGCGUCAUUUAGCACGCGUCUCUUGGUUGCAGUUUGGCCUGCUGUCGGCGCCCGAAAAGUAUCGUUCCUGGUCUUGACUUUAGGUGUUCCUUUGUAUUCCAUCUCGAUAUGGCAGCCGCCCCGGCACCGGUUAGGAAACGACUCCUGAAGGAGGAAGACAUGACUAAAGUGGAGUUCGAGACGAGCGAGGAGGUGGAUGUGACUCCAACCUUUGAUACGAUGGGCCUGAGGGAAGACCUCCUCCGCGGCAUCUACGCUUACGGUUUCGAGAAACCCUCCGCUAUCCAGCAAAGAGCGAUUAAACAGAUCAUCAAAGGAAGAGACGUCAUUGCACAGUCUCAGUCUGGCACGGGCAAAACGGCAACUUUCUGUAUCUCCGUACUGCAGUGCUUGGAUAUUCAGGUUCGUGAAACACAAGCACUCAUCUUGGCACCAACCCGAGAAUUGGCUGGGCAAAUACAAAAGGUCCUCCUGGCUCUGGGCGACUACAUGAACGUGCAGUGCCACGCCUGCAUCGGUGGGACAAAUGUCGGCGAGGACAUCCGGAAGCUGGAUUACGGACAGCACGUUGUUGCAGGGACCCCAGGACGCGUGUUUGACAUGAUCCGCAGGAGGAGCCUGAGAACCCGUGCUAUCAAGAUGCUGGUUCUUGAUGAAGCCGAUGAAAUGUUGAACAAAGGUUUCAAAGAGCAGAUUUAUGAUGUGUACAGAUACCUGCCACCUGCUACACAGGUGUGUCUGAUCAGCGCCACGUUGCCACAUGAAAUCCUGGAGAUGACCAACAAAUUCAUGACGGACCCCAUCCGAAUCCUGGUCAAACGUGAUGAGUUGACACUAGAAGGCAUCAAGCAGUUUUUCGUGGCUGUGGAAAGAGAAGAAUGGAAAUUCGACACGCUGUGUGACCUGUAUGACACUCUGACAAUCACGCAGGCUGUCAUUUUCUGUAACACCAAGAGGAAGGUGGACUGGCUGACCGAGAAGAUGAGGGAGGCCAACUUCACAGUGUCCUCGAUGCAUGGAGACAUGCCACAGAAGGAGAGAGAAUCCAUCAUGAAAGAGUUCAGAUCGGGUGCAAGCCGAGUUCUCAUAUCCACAGAUGUCUGGGCCAGAGGUCUGGAUGUGCCCCAGGUGUCCCUGAUUAUCAACUACGAUCUGCCCAACAACAGAGAAUUGUACAUUCACAGAAUUGGACGAUCAGGGCGUUAUGGGCGUAAGGGUGUUGCCAUCAACUUUGUCAAGAAUGAUGACAUCCGAAUCCUUCGGGACAUUGAACAGUACUACUCAACGCAGAUUGACGAGAUGCCAAUGAACGUUGCGGACUUGAUCUGAAGAAGCUGGAAGAUAUUGAGGCCUGGAAUUCCAGUAUAUCUUUGUUUGGGACUUUUUAUAUUAAAACCUUGAGUUUCAGACCCUGCUUUUGUUUUUUUUAAGUUUUAUUGGUAAGAAUCUUUUGCAUCUUUUACAAUAGUGGAUAUUGUAAUAUGUCACUGCUUAUAUUAGACUUGUAAAUAAAGUAUUUGAUUAAUGAUUCACUGUGAUCCAUUUUAUCUUGCUCUGUAAUAAAAGGACUGCCCAGUGCUUAA